AUGUCAGCUUGUCAAGACACAUUCUUGGAUUAUCAACAAUGUCUAGAUAAUGUGCAAUUUGAUUGUAAUAAUAAACAAAUGGUUUUUGUGAUUAAUGUUCUCAAGUGUUCAUAUAAGAGUGAAGCUAUCCUUGGAUCACUGAUGGCCCAUCCUGUGUUACAAUACCUUGUUAAUACAACAAAUAGUCAACCUUAUUAUGUCCCUGGUGAAAUUUGCCUCACUGCAAGUGCAAAUCAGCAUUUUUUAAGACAAGAUCUAAAACCAACUGAUGAUAAACCUCUGGGAAUGAAAGUUGAUGGGUUGUUUUGUUCUUCUAGAAAUGAAAUAGGCAUGGUCAAAUUAUCAGGAGGCUAUUUAACAUUUGAUAUGCCACGUUAUUUAAAAGAUCACAUCAAAGGAUUCUGUGGCUGCCAUGAUCUUCUCAAUGAUAUUUUUCUCAAGAAUAGACUAG